CCGCAGCCCUCCGGAGCGCGGGCGCUGGAGUGGCCGAGCGGCGCGGGCUGCGCCCGGACGCGCGCGUGUUCCCGGGUCAAGCUCCCUCAUGUGGCAGCCCUGCGGCGCCCCUUCGACGACGGGCUGUGCGCGGUCUGCACUGCGCUCGGCGGCCGAGCUUCCUAUGGGGCUGCGGCCCGCGCCUCGCUGAGGGAACGGACCCCUGGUAACUGGAGACCGCCUCCCCUCCACCCCCCGGCGCCAAAGGAUAUCGUAUGUUCAGGUCCAAACGCUCGGGGCUGGUGCGGCGACUUUGGCGAAGUCGUGUGGUCCCCGACCGGGAGGAAGGCGGCGACGUCGGCGGCGGCGACGGCGACGAGGAUGGGGGCUUGGGCAGCCGAGCUGAGGCAGCCCCGUGGGCACGAGAGGGCGCAGGCUGCGGCCGCUCCGAAGUCCUCACGGUAACCCCGCGGCGGCCCCGGGACGCGGUGGGACAGCGAGGCGCCCAGAGCGUGGGCAGGCGCCGGCGCGCAGGGGGCCCCACGAGGCCCGUGUCGGAGCCGGGGGCCGGCGCCGGGGGCUCCCUGCUGGACGUGGCGGAGCCGGGCGGCCCGGGCUGGCUGCCCGAGAGUGACUGCGAGACGGUGACCUGCUGUCUCUUCUCGGAGCGGGACGCCGCCGGCGCACCACGGGACGCCGCCGGCGACCCCCUGGCCGGCCCGGCGCUGGAACCCGCGGGCGGCGGGCGGAGCCGUGAAGCGCGCUCGCGGCUGCUGUUGCUGGAGCAGGAACUGAAGACGGUCACGUACUCGCUGCUGAAGCGGCUCAAGGAGCGCUCGCUGGACACGCUGCUGGAGGCGGUGGAGUCCCGCGGCGGCGUGCCGGGCGGCUGCGUGCUGGUGCCGCGCGCCGACCUCCGCCUGGGUGGCCAGCCCGCGCCGCCGCAGCUGCUGCUCGGGCGCCUCUUCCGCUGGCCCGACCUGCAGCACGCCGUGGAGCUGAAGCCCCUGUGCGGUUGUCACAGCUUCGCUGCUGCCGCCGACGGCCCCACUGUGUGCUGCAACCCGUACCACUUCAGCCGGCUCUGCGGGCCAGAAUCACCGCCACCCCCCUACUCUCGGCUGUCUCCUCGCGACGAAUACAAGCCACUGGAUCUGUCUGAUUCCACAUUGUCUUACACUGAAACCGAGGCCACCAACUCCCUCCUCACUGCACCCGGAGAAUUCUCAGACGCCAGCAUGUCUCCGGACGCCACCAAGCCGAGCCACUGGUGCAGCGUAGCAUACUGGGAGCACCGCACGCGCGUGGGCCGCCUCUACGCCGUGCACGACCAGGCGGUGAGCAUCUUCUACGACCUACCUCAGGGCAGCGGCUUCUGCCUGGGCCAGCUCAACCUGGAGCCGCGCAGCGAGUCGGUGCGGCGCACGCGCAGCAAGAUCGGCUUCGGCAUCGUGCUGAGCAAGGAGCCCGAUGGCGUGUGGGCCUACAACCGCGGCGAGCACCCCAUCUUCGUCAACUCCCCGACGCUGGACGCGCCAGGCGGCCGUGCCUUGGUCGUGCGCAAGGUGCCGCCUGGCUACUCCAUCAAGGUGUUCGACUUCGAGCGCUCAGGCCUGCUGCAGCACGCCGCCGAGCCCGAUGCCGCCGAUGGCCCCUACGACCCCAACAGUGUGCGCAUCAGCUUCGCCAAGGGCUGGGGGCCCUGCUACUCGCGGCAGUUCAUCACCUCUUGCCCUUGCUGGCUGGAGAUCCUCCUCAACAACCACAGAUAGCGGCGGCCACCUCGGCCCAGAGACGGAGUGCUCUCCCCUCCCACACGGACGAAAACCACCCUCUGCCCCAACCCCAGCCCCAAAUAUCAUCUACCUAGAUUUAAUAUAAAGUUUUAUAUAUUAUAUGGAAAUAUAUAUAUUAUACUUGUAAUUAUGGAGUCAUUUUUACAAUGUAAUUAUUUAUGUAUGGUGCAAUGUGUGUAUAUGGACAAAACAAGAAAGACGCACUUUGGCUUAUAAUUCUUUGAAUACAGAUAUAUUUUCUUUCUUCUCCUUCCUCUUUUUUUUUUUUAAGAAAAUAACAUCAAAACUGGGUGAAAAAACCUCGGUUUGAUCUAUGGUUUUUAAAAUAUUAAUGCCCAGAC